AAAAAGAGAGGUUUUUUUCCAACCCUAGCAGAGUUGCACCUCCAAAGCCAAACGUACAAACGUAGGGUUUUAGUCUCUCCUCUCCUAAGGAACGGAAGCUCUUCAACAUAAUCUCUGUCGUCUGUGUUAACAAGUUAGCGACAAAAUGAAUUCUGACGUGAAAUAUGCAACUGUGAUAAAGAUUAUAGGGAGGACAGGAUCAAGAGGGCAGGUGACUCAGGUGAGAGUGCAGUUUAUGGAUGAAAGUAAGCGGCAAAUUACAAGGAACGUCAAGGGACCGGUCAGGGAAGGGGACAUCCUCGCCCUACUAGAGUCUGAGAGGGAAGCAAGAAGGUUGCGUUGAGGGGGCCCAUAUUUGGCCACCCAGUUAUUUCAGAUGUUUAGACUAAUGCCACCAUUAGGUUGUCUGUCUUCGAAUAAGAUUUUGCAUUGAACUCAAUAGUUUUCGUAUUUUACUUUCACAUUUCAUUUUGUUGACAUUUCAAUAUUUCGAUGGCACAUUCCUAAAUAUCAAUUACAUUACCAGGUAAGCUUGCA